AAUAGAAAAAAUAAAGCUCAAUAAUUUCUUCUAUUGCAAUAAAUAAAUAGUACUAUAUAUAUUCAAUCCAGAUUCCCCACUUGUUUUUGGUCUUCACUGCCACAAUCUCUGACUUUCCUAAUUCCAAUUAAUAAUUGGAUCCUCUCUCUCUCAAAAUCAAUGGCAAAUUCCGACUUUUCUCUCGCCGCCGCCCUGAUUCUCUCUUGCCUUGCCGGCGCCGCCACUGCCGCCACGUUCUCCUCUCUCCGUGAGGCCUUUGUCGUCACCGCCUCCCCUCUCCCCGGACAAGUUCUGAAAGCUGGAGAAGACAACAUCACGGUGACAUGGCGGCUGAGCUCCGCCGUCCCCGGCGGCGCCGCCGCCGCCUACAGAACCGUCGAUGUGAAGCUGUGCUACGCUCCGGUGAGCCAGCGCGACCGCGCGUGGCGGAAGACGGCCGACAAUUUGGAGAAGGACAAGACGUGUCAGCACACGAUUGUGGCCAGACGACCGUACAUCUCCUCCGCCGGCGGCGCCGCCUCCACGGCGACCGCCGCCGUGCAGAAGGACGUCCCCACCGCCACGUAUUUCGUACGGGCUUACGCCUACGAUUCCGGCGGGGAGGCUGUGGCCUACGGGCAGACAACCGACGGCCCGAAGACGGCGGGGCUGUUUCACGUGGAGGGUGUGUCCGGCCGACACGUGUCUCUGGAGAUUGCGUCGGCGUGCUUCUCGGCGUUCUCGUUGCUGUCGUUGUUAGCUUUCUUCUACAUAGAGAAGAGGAAAUCCAAAUAAAGUUCGAAUUAA